AUGGCGGACCAUGAUUUCGCGCCAAGCUUCACCCAGAAGCCGCAGCUACGGCAGGAGGACGAUGGUAACCGGUUGAUAUUCGAGUGUCAGCUGGUGGCGAAGCCGAAACCGAGCAUCGAAUGGUACCGCAGCGAGGAGCUGCUGUCCGAGAACACGCGGACCAAGUUCAAGAUCCAAUCGUUCGGCGAGAACAAGUACUUCGUCGUGCUCGAGCUCGACGACGUCAUCGAUACCGAUGCCGGACUGUACAAGGUGAAGGCCAAGAAUCGGAUGGGCGAGGUUUCCGCAUCGAUCAAUCUGAACUUCAGCCCUGCUGAUGAACCUGUCGAAAAGCAAAUCGACGGUGUUGCACCAACGUUCAUCAAGAAGCCCUCCAUCAAGCAGGAAAACGAUGGCAAACGACUCAUUUUCGAGUGCGAGAUUAAGGCUGACCCGAAGCCACAGAUCAGGUGGUCACACAACAGUAAGGUUAUCGAUAAUACACCGAGGCAUAAGUUUAAAGUACAAAAUGACGGUACGCUGUACCGUGCCACCCUAGAGGUUGAUAAUGUAUCGUUCGAAGAUUCGGGUAAAUACAAGGUGACAGCCAAAAACGAGCUGGGCGAGUCGAGUGCGACGAUCAGCCUUAACUUUGACACGAAUGAAAACGAGCGUGGAUUUGCACCGUCGUUCGUGGAGAAACCGAAGAUCAUACCGAACAAGCUGGGUACGCUGAUUACGAUGAAGUGUAGAUGUAGAUCGAAACCGAAACCGACCGUCAAGUGGAUGCGAAAGAAGCAAGAGGUAACAUCGUCCAACAAGGUGGCACUGGAGGUGAAAACAGUCGACGAGGACACGUACGAGCUCACCCUCAACAUAAAGGAUCCGAACGCGGACGAUGGUGGCAGCUACUCGUGCAUCAUUAGCAACGAGUUUGGCGAGAGCAGCGCAACGCUCAACCUGAACAUCGAGGCGGAACAGGAGACGACCAAGAAUGCGCCCAUCUUCGUGGAGAAGCCGCACAUCGUCUCGCUGGACAAUGGUAAACUGGUGCGCAUGGAGUGCAAGGUGAAGACGGACAUCAAGCCGGACAUCACGUGGACACGCGAAAGCCGACUGCUGCAGGAAACUUCGAAACUGAAGAUGACGAUGACCCAGGAAAAGGACGUCUAUCACAUCACGCUCGUACUGAAGGAUCCACAGACGGAGGACUCUGGCACGUACAAGUGCAACAUCAAGAAUAUUCUCGGAGAAUUAAAUGCCAAUUUAAUUCUUAAUAUUGAGAUUAUUCCGGUGAUAAAGGAAAAGCCGAAACUAGUUACGAACGUUAAGAAGCGUACCGCUUCAAUCGAGUGCUCGGUGGCGUCACGCUUCAAGCCAGAGUGUGUCUGGAUGAAGGAGACCACCGUCAUCAAGGAAACGCACCGGCACAUGAUCAAGAUAGAGGAAACUCGCGAGGGCGAGUUUUCGGUCAAGCUCAACAUCGUAGGUUUGAGCGAGGCUGACUUCGGUGCGUACAAGCUGGUGGCCAAGAACGAUAAGGGCCAGGCGACGUCGCAGGUGAUCGAGAUCAAGGACAUUGUGUUCGAGAAGCCGCCUGCAACGAAACCGAUCAUCGACGCCAAGUUCAAGGAUGUGGAGAUCGAUGAAGGUGGCGAUCUCACGCUGGCGGCCGGUUUGGCACAACCCGACCGUCACUUCAAGGUGUACUGGAUGAAGAACAAAACGAUCCUGAAGGCCAGCGAAACGGUCAUACAGGAGUUUACUGGGCGGAUGGCUAAGCUAGUGGUCAAGAACGUAACCGUAGAGGACGCCGGUUCGUACAAGGUCUCUAUUAGCAAUGAAACCCAAAGUGAUGAGUGCGAGUGCAAGGUGAAGGUGAAUGCCAAACCGAAACCGAAGGACGAAGAGAAACCGAAGAAGAAACCAGCCAAGAAAGUGGAGGAGGAAGAAAAGCAGGAAGAGAAGGUGGAACUGAAGAAGGUGGCCAAGAAGGAGACGGAGGAGAAGGCCGAAGAGGAGAAGGUGAAGCUGAAGAAGGUUGAAAAGCAGGAGCUGGAGAAGCAGGCCGAAGACGACAAGUUGAAGCUGAAGAAGGUCGAAAAGAAGGAGACUGAGCUCAAGGUGGAGGAGCAGAAGGUGCAGCUCAAGAAGGUGGAGAAGAAGGAGGGCGAGCUGAAGGUGGAAGAAAAGAAGGCUGAGCUGAAGAAGGUCGAACGAAAGGAGGUGGAGCUGAAGGUGGAAGGCGAAAAGGUGGAGCUGAAGAAGGUGGAAAGGAGAGCGUCCGAGGCGAAGGUGGAGGAGAAGAAGGUGGAGCUGAAGAAGGUCGAACAGCCGGACAAAAUCGAAAUCAAGGUCGAGGAAGCGAAGAAGGUGGAAACGAAGAAGGAGGAGAAAAUUCAGAUCAAAGUCGAAGAGGAUCGCCGCGGAUCGAUACCAAAGAUCAAGGAGGAACCGGCCCCCGCCCAGAAGGGUUUGGAAGCUCCAAGCAUCGAAAUCAUCCGAGACAAGGGUAGCCGCCGUGGUUCAUUUAUGGACGAUCGUCGCCCGAGUUUACUGAUCAACGAUGAUAAGCGACGACCAUCAAUCGAUGUGCGUCGUCCGAGCAUUCAAGAUAUGGAUGAGAAGAUCAACCAACCGUCGACACCGUUGCGAGCGAUCGGCGAAGACGGCAAGGCAGCCAUCAUCGUGGACUUCCAGGAGAGCUACUCGGCAGUAGAAGAUCAAACCGGAUACAUCUCGGUGCAGGUCGAAGGUAAUCCGGCACCGACCUGGAAGUUCUUUAAGGGCAUCACCGAGCUGGUGGACGGUGGUCGCUACAAGCAUCAUACCGAUGGUGAAAGCAACACAAUUACGCUUUGCAUCCGCAAGGUGAAACCGAACGAUGAGGGCAAAUACAAAGUGGUCGUCUCUAACGCGCACGGUGAGGACAGUGCCGACGUACAGCUCUACGUGUCGGACGCCAGCGGUAUGGACUUCCGUGCCAUGCUGAAGAAGCGAAAGUACGCCAAAUGGGGCAAUCAGGAGAAGGAUCCCGAUUGGGGCGACCUGAAGGAGGUGGAAAAGCCAAAACCGCAGCUGAAAAAAGUGGAACGAGUAUGUGUUUUUGUUAGCUAACCGAUGGUGUGCAACCUCAUUUGUGCUAAACGUUUUGCGCGUGUUGACAAACAAGACACUUUCUCGAAGCCAUUGGUCGACAUUACCUGCAAGGAGGGUAAGGAGAAGAAGGUGGUGUUUGAGGCUACCUUCACCAAACCCAAUGCCAAAGCCAAAUGGUUGUUCCGUAAAGAUGAAAUCUUCACGGGAUCCAAGUACAAGUUCAAGACGGAGGGUGAUAACUAUACCUGUACCAUCUUUAACCCGAAGGUUGAAGACGGUGGCAAGUAUACGCUGGAGAUUGCGGGUAUCUCUUGUUUCGCGUACCUAAACGUGGAGGAAGCCGACCCGGUCUACAAGUUCACCAAGAACCUCAAGAAGGCUGAGAAGGGUUUCCUGACGCACGACUGUACGUUGGAGUGCGCUGUUGACAAUUCGCUGGCCCCGAUCGGCUGGUACAAGGGUGAGACGAAGCUCGAAAACAACGACAAGUAUGUUAUUGGCAAGGAUCUCAACGGUACGGUUACGCUGAUCAUCAAAAACUGUACGGCCGAGGACGCUGACACGUAUCGGUGCCAGAUUGAGAAGCAACCAGACAAGACGGAGACAAAGCUGAAGAUCCUGGAGUACAACUACAAGUUCACGAAGGUGCUCAAGAGCCAGCAACUGUUCGUGAAGGACACGGUAACGAUGGCUUGUGAGCUGGACCACGUCCUAGGCAAGGUGGAAUGGUUCAAGGGCGAUGAAAAGAUCGUAGAAAGCGACAAGGUGCAGAUCGUGAAGGAUGGUCGCAAGCACAAGCUGAUACUAAAGGAUGCUGCCAAGACGGACAGUGGCGUGUAUCGUUGCGUCAGUAAUGCUGACAAGACCGAGGCCGAAAUCUUCGUGAAACGACCGAACAAGUUCAUGAAGAAGCUGAGCGAUACGGUUGGCAACGAGACCGAGAAAUUGGUGCUGGAAAUUCAAGUUCAAGACGAGGAGGCUGAUGUUGCGUUCUUCUUGGGUGAAACCGAGUUGAAGAAGGAUGGUCGGGUCGACAUCAUCAACAAUGGGGAUGGUACGCACCAGCUGGUGUUCAACAAGCUCGAACUUACCGAUGCCGGUGAGAUCCGUUGCGAGUGCGGCCCACUGACCAGCAAAUGUACGCUUAAGAUCAACAAGAAGGAAACGAAGCCCAAGUUUGAGGUGCCGCCGAAGGUCGAAACCCCUGCCAAGGUGGAGAAGGUACUGGAGGUACCAUUUACAACCGGUGAGUCGCGCCAGUCUAAGGUGGUUGCAAAGUUGUACAAAGAUGGUAAACCGGUACCACCGGAAGACGUUGAUAUAGUUGUAGAGAAUGAUAAGCUCGUACUGAGGUUCAAGAAAACCGAAUUUAAGGAUUCGGGCGAGUACAAGAUUGAACUGACGAACGCCACUGGUACAGAAGAGCAUACCACUAAUGUUGUCUUCCAGGACAAACCACAACCUCCGCAGGAUCUUGGCUGCAUCGGUAUCUAUCAAACGAAGUGUGUUGUAAAGUGGAAAGCGCCGGAAAACGAUGGUGGGGCAGCGUUGGAAAAAUACGUGGUUGAACGGCAGGACGUGUUCAAGCGUUCCGGCUGGGAUGUGAUAGGUGACACACCCGGCGACCAGUUGAAGUUUAACUGCAACGACCUCGUUUCGGGACGAACCUACAAGUUCCGGGUGAAGGCCAUCAACAAGAUGGGCGAAUCGGAGUACUGCACGAUGGAGAACGAUAUCAUUGCGAAGGAUCCAUGGACGGAACCAGAUCCACCGCGCGAUCUGAACAUUGCCGACUGGGAUAAGGACUUUGUUGACUUGCGAUGGAAGGUGCCCAAGUCGGACGGUGGUGCGCCCAUCACCAGCUAUAUGGUGGAAUACAAGCCAUACACUGCCGCAAACUGGAAACACUAUGCAGAUGUCGGUGCGGCGGAGCUGAACCUGACCAUACGCGGCCUGACGGUGGGCGAAACGUUUGAGUUCCGCGUGAAGGCGGUCAAUCAGGGCGGAGCCAGCAAGCCAAGCAACAGUACCGAACCGCUCAAGAUCCGCGAUCGAUACGUGAAACCGUUUAUCGAGGGUGAGGGACUGCAACCUAUUACGCUAAAGAAGGGCCAAACGGUACGCUACUAUGCGCAGUAUGGUGGCGAACCUGAGCCAGAAGUGAUCUGGGAGAAGGAUGACAUCCUGGUGAUUUGCGAUUCCGAAAAACGAAAAACGAUCGACGUUGAAAGCUACGCUACAACGAUACAGGUACGGCACGCGGUACGCUCCGAUUCUGGUGAUUACAAGCUGCGGUUGAAGAACAGCAGCGGUGAGUUCGUCACGAUCGGCAAAGUAUUAGUACUGGACGUGCCGACACAACCCAUUGGCCCGAUCAAGAUUGAGAAGGCGCGCGCAAACCACGUAGUGAUCAGUUGGCAACCUCCCGAAGAUACGGGCGGUUGUCCGUUGACGGGAUAUUUGUUGGAAAAGAUGGAUGUCGAAAAUGGCACCUGGCUGCAGGCUGGCGAAUGUGGUGCCGAUCAGACGACGUUCGAUUUCCAGCAUUUACAGAAGGGUCGCAAGUUUGAGUUCCGUGUCAAGGCAUACAACAAGGAGGGUGAAUCCACACCUCUGGAAACGCUGUUGGCCGUGAAGACGGUCAAUCCAUAUGAUCCUCCUGAGGCACCGGGUAAACCGUUUGUUGAUGACUAUGGCGUUGACUUUGUGGAACUGAAGUGGGAGAAGCCCGAAAAGGAUGGUGGCCGACCGAUCACGCAUUACGUCAUCGAGUGUAAGAACAAGUUCCUAACCGAUUGGACGGAGUGUGCCAAGACGGAGAACGAUGACUGCGUUGGUAAGGUGCACGGUUUGAAGGAAAAGGUAGUCUACCAGUUCCGUGUCAGAGCCGUCAACAAGGGUGGCGCAUCGAAGGCUUCGGAGCCGAGCGAUAACCACACCGUGAAGCACAAGAACCUGAAGCCACGUAUUGAUCGUACGAAUCUGAAGAACAUUACCAUUAAGGUCGGCAAAGCGAUGAUCUGGUCGGUCGACGUUAAGGGUGAACCGGAACCUGAGAUCAUUUGGACCUGGCGUGAUGAUAUUCCACUGACGAAUACCGAAAAUAUCAAGAUUGAGAAUGCUAACUACCAUACGAACUUCUCCAUCAAGGAUGCCAAGCGGGCAGAUACCGGCAAGUACAAGAUCGUUGCCCAGAACGUGAACGGCAAGGACGAGGAAACGGUUGAACUGGUGGUUCUCGGAUCACCAGGCAGACCGCAGGGCAAGCUGGAAGUUUCGAACGUUACGAAGAAGGGUCUGAAACUGAAAUGGAAGAAGCCGGCCGACGACGGUGGCAGCCCGAUUCUGGAGUACAAGAUCGAGAAGCUAAAGAACCGCAAUGGCAAGUGGGUCCGCUGUGGUACGGUAACCGGGGGUCCAGAAAUUCUGGAAGCAGACAUUACCGGAUUGGACGAAGGUGCGACCUACAAGUUCCGCGUGAUCGGUGUUAACGCGGAAGGUGACGGCGAACCGUUGGAGUCGGAGGAAGUGGUUGCCAAGAACCCGUACGACGAACCAUGGAAGCCAGGCACGCCGGAAAUUGUCGACUACGACGACAAGUCGGUGAAGUUGAAGUGGGCUGCCCCGAAAUCGGAUGGUGGUGCCCCGAUUCAGAAGUACGUCAUCCAGAAGAAGGAUCGGUUCAAGGACUGGGAGGAUGUGAGCGAAGUCGAUGGCGGAGAAACGACUGCCACGAUCGAGGAUCUGAAGGAAAAUACGGAGUGCCAGUUCCGCAUCGUUGCUGUCAACAAGGCCGGCCGUUCUCCCGAAUCGGAUGCAACGAAGUCGCACAUAGUGAAGCAUCGUGCACUGAAACCACGUAUCGAUCGUACAAACUUGAAACCGAUUGUCAUCCGCGCCGGAAAGAUGGUUCAUUACGAUGUCAACGUAAAGGGUGAGCCAGAGCCGGAGAUUACCUGGAUCGUGAAAGAGAAACCAGUAUUGGCCGACGACAAUUACGAGAUCAUCAACAAGGAUUACAACACCAAGUUCACGCUGAAGGACAGCUUGCGUAAGCACAGCGGUGUUUACAAGAUCCAGGCCAAGAACGAACAUGGUCAGGAUGAGGCCGAGGUGGAGAUAACGAUUCUGUCCAGCCCAAGCAGACCGAAGGGUCCGCUGGAAGUGAAGGACGUUACCAAGAAUGGUUGCAAGCUGAAAUGGAAGAAACCGGAUGACGAUGGCGGCAAACCAAUCACAGGUUACGAGCUGCAGAAGUACGAUCAGAAGGUUGGACGUUGGGUACCGAUCGGAAAGGCACCGGCCGACGCCGAGGAGUUCGAUGUUACCGGGCUGCAGGAAGGCCAACAUUACAAGUUCCGCGUAAAGGCUAUCAACGAUGAGGGUGAAUCCGAACCUUUGGAAACGGAGGAGUACAUUGUGGCGAAGAAUCCGUUCGACGUACCGAAGGCGCCAACGGAUGUGGUUAUUGUCGAUUGGGACAACGCAUCGGCCACGUUGGAGUGGAAGCGGCCCAAUUCCGAUGGUGGCGCCGCCAUUACUGGAUACUUCAUCGAAAAGAAGGAGAAGGGAGAAACGAAGUGGGAACCGGCGGUCACUACCAGCUCGCCCGAGUGUCGUGCGAAGGUGGUUGAUCUGCCGGAAAAGCGAGUCUAUCAGUUCCGUGUUAGUGCAAUCAAUAAGGCCGGUACUGGUGAGGCUUCCGAUCCUACGAACUUCCACACUCACCUUUCUCUUCCCGCAGUGCGUCCGCGUAUCGAUCGUACCAACUUGAAUCCGAUCACGAUCAAGGCGGGUCUUUCGGUGCAGUACGAUAUCGACAUUGAGGGCGAACCAGCGCCGACUGUGAAAUGGUUCCACGGCGAGAAGGAACUGGCCACCGAUGCCGACUACAAGAUCGACAAUGUCGACUAUAACACGAAGUUCUUCAUCAUGCGCGGUCGACGUAACCUUACUGGCAAGUACACGAUCGUGGCCACUAAUUCGCAGGGUGAAGACCGUGCCGAGGUAGAGAUCUGCAUUCUCAGCAAACCGGGCACACCGGAAGGACCGCUUGAGGCGUCCGACAUUCACAAGCAUGGUUGCAAGCUGAAGUGGAAGGCACCAUUGGAUGACGGUGGUAUGCCGAUCGAAGGAUACGAAAUCGAGAAGCUGGACCCGUUGACCGGCCAAUGGAUUCCAUGCGGACAGAGCGCGACUCCGGAAGCGAACAUUUCGGGGCUGCAGGAAGGCAAGCAGUACAAGUUCCGCGUCAAGGCCUUCAACAAGGAGGGCGACAGUGAGCCGCUAGAGAUGGAGACGGUGAUCAUUGCAAAGGAUCCCUACAGUGUGCCGUCCAAGCCUGGUCGUCCGAAGCCCACCAACUGGAGCAAGGACUUCGUGGAGUUGGAAUGGACCACACCCAAGUCGGAUGGUGGUGCACCUAUUACGGAGUACAUUAUCCAGAAGCGAGACAAGGCUUCGCGCAAAUGGCAGGAUGCUGCAACGGUAAAGGGUGAUCGUACUAAGGGCACGGUAGAGGACGUGGAGGAAGGCCAUGAGUAUGAGUUCCGCGUCGUUGCCGUGAACAGAGCCGGACAAUCGGAACCGAGCGACAUUUCCGAUUCGGUUAUCGCGAAGAUGCGCUUCCUUGCACCGAAGAUCGAUCGCAAGAAUCUGGAUAAGAAGGUGCUACGUAGCGGUCAGCUGUUGAACGUGGAGGCCGACGUUACUGGUGAACCAGCGCCGAAGGUAACUUGGGAGUUCAAGGGUAAGCUGGUCGACGGCAGGGAGGACGAUCGCAUCAAGCUCGAAAAUGAAGAGUACAAGACAAACUUGGUGAUCCGAAACCUGAAGCGAGCUGAUGCCGGUAUCUACAAGAUUACGGCAAAGAACGAUUCCGGAACGGAUACAGUUGAUUUGGAGCUGGUCGUAUUAGCCAAGCCGUCCAAGUGUCUUGGACCGCUGAAGGUAACCGAUGUGACGGCCGAUGGAUGCAAACUGAACUGGUUGCCACCGGAGGAUGAUGGUGGUGAGCCAAUUCAAGCGUACAUCGUCGAGCGUAUGGACGUGGACAGCGGACGCUGGAUUCAGGUGUGCGAAACAAGGUUCCCUGAAGCGGACGUUACUGGACUGCAGGAAGGUAAGGAGUACAUGCUGCGCGUGAAGGCUGUCAACAGCGAGGGAGAAUCGGAACCGCUUGAAACCGACACGAGCAUCAAGGCGAAGAACCCGUACGAUCCACCGAGCGCACCUGGCAAACCGAAAGCUACCGAUUGGUCACGCAAGUUCGUUAUGCUGGAAUGGAAGGAACCGGAAAGCGAUGGAAAUGCGCCGAUUCAGAAGUACAUCAUCGAAAAGAAGGAUGUGAACAGCACCAAAUGGCAGAAGGCGAUGGAAACGGACGGACCUGAACCGAAGGCUAAGGUUCCCGAUCUGUUCGAGGGAACAACGUAUCAGUUCCGCGUCAAGGCGGUCAACAAGGGUGGCCACAGUCCAUACUCGCCACUGUCGGACCCGGUGACGGUGAAGGAUCGCUUCGCACCGCCACGUAUCGACCGUUCUACACUGAAGAAUAUUACGCUGAAGGGUGGACAGUCGCUGCGGCUGGACUGCAAGAUCAGUGGUGAACCAGCACCGACAAAGUACUGGCUGUUGAACAAGGCGCGCGUCGAGAAGGAUAGUCCCGAUGUGCGCGUUGAGUUUGAAGAUUAUCGUGCCAAGCUGAGCAUUAGCAAUAUCACACGUGCCCAUGGUGGUACUUAUGAGAUCAAGGCCGAAAAUGCGUCCGGUUACGAUGAAGCUCAGAUCACGGUGACGGUACUGGACAAACCCACAGCACCAGAAGGCCCGCUGAAGGUAUCGAAUGUCCACAAGGAGGGUUGCUCGUUGAAGUGGAACCCGCCACUAGACGAUGGCGGAGUGCCAAUCGAGUACUACAAUGUGGAGAAAUUCGACAAGGAGACGCAACGCUGGUUGCCUGUCGGACGUACGCACGAUACCCACAUGGAUGUGGCGAAUCUGGAACCGGGUCAGGAAUAUUUGUUCCGCGUGUCCGCAGUGAACGAUGAAGGUGUUUCCGAGCCGCUUGCUACGGACACUUACAUUACCGCGAAGAAUCCGUUCGAUGAGCCUGGCAAACCGGGUACGCCGGAAGCAUACGAUUGGGACAAGAACUUUAUCGAGCUGCGCUGGACGCCACCGAUGACCGAUGGUGGUUCUCCGAUUACGAAGUACAUUGUCGAGAAGCGCGUCCAUGGUACGAUCAAGUGGAUCAAGUGUGCUGAGGUGAUUGGUAACAAGUGCGAAGCCAAGGUUACCGAGCUGAAUGAAGGCGAAGUGUACGAGUUCAAGGUACGUGCCUUGAAUGAAGCUGGACCAGGUAUCUGGAGCGAUCACAGCAAGCCAAUUACCGCUAAGCCACGUAAAUUGCCACCGAAGAUCGAUCGUCGCAACUUGAAGAAUCUGAGUGUUGCUAUUGGCGAACCGUUCGGAUUCGAUGUGAAGAUCUCGGGUGAGCCAGCACCAGAUGUCGACUGGACGAUCAACGAUCGUAUGGUUACGGUAACAACUACUCGUACGAUCGAGAACGUACCAUACAAUAGCAAGUUUGUCAACCAGAAUCCGGACCGACGUGAUUCGGGCAAGUACAUGAUCAAGGCAACGAAUAAGUUCGGUAGCGAUCAGGUGGAGAUUACUGUGACAGUAAGAUCUAAGCCUGCCGCUCCGGAAGGACCACUGGAGGUUAAGGACAUGACCAAGGAUAGCUGCAAACUGGAAUGGAAGAAACCGAAGGAUGAUGGUGGUGUACCGAUCGAUCAUUACGUGAUUGAAAAGUUCGAUCCGGACAAUGGUAUCUGGAUGAAUGCCGGCAAAACCGAUGGACCUAUUACUGAGUUCCCGGUUGAAGGUUUGGUGCCUGGCCAUCGCUACAAGUUCCGCGUGAAGGCUGUCAAUCCAGAGGGUGAAUCGGAACCGUUGGAAACUGCCGGCACGGUUGUUGCAAAGGAUAGCUUCUCCGUUCCGGAUACACCCAGCGCUCCAACGGUUGUUGAUUGGUCGGAGAACCAUGCCGUGCUCAAAUGGCCAGAGCCAGAUGAUGGUGGUAGCCCGAUCACUGGUUACAUCAUUGAGAAGAAGGACAAGUACAGCCCGAUCUGGGAGAAGGCUAUCGAAACAAACUCACCCAAUCCGACGGCCACUGUGGGAGGAUUGGUGGAAGGCAACGAGUACCAGUUCCGUGUGAUUGCGAUCAACAAGGCUGGCCCAUCGGAUCCAUCCGACUCGAGCCGCACGUUUACGGCCAAACCACGAUUCGCACCACCGAAGAUCGAUCGUCGUACGAUUCGCGAUCUUUCCAUUUCGGCUGGUUCGAUGCUGAAGUUCGACGUUGCUAUUUCUGGCGAGCCUGCACCGAAAUGCGAAUGGCGUGUCAACAAGGCAAUCGUCACCGGUGGCGAUCGCCGCUUGGAGAUUCUGAACACCGAUUACAACUCGAAGUUCAUCCUGCGUCCCGCGAACCGUGGUGAUUCGGGUGAUUACGAAAUUACUGCCACGAACUCGUCUGGACGUGACCAUGUGCUGGUGCAGGUGACGGUCACUGACAAGCCGGGCCCACCGGAAGGACCGCUGACGGCGUCGGACAUUACGAAGGAAACGUGCAAGCUGAAGUGGAAGCGCCCGAAGGAUGACGGUGGCUGCGAUAUCGAGUACUACCAGAUUGAGCGCUUCGACGAUGAUGUGAAGGCAUGGGUUCCUCAUGCGAGAAGCGUCGAAACCAAUGCCGACAUCAACGGGUUGCAGGAUGGCAAGAAGUACAAGUUCCGUGUCAGCGCUAUCAACGCGGAAGGAGAAUCGAAGCCGCUAGAGAUGGCGGGAGACUUCAUUGCGAAGAAUCCGUUCGACGAGCCGUCGGCACCGCGCGACUGCAAGGCCACUGACUGGGGUACCGAUUUCGUCAAGCUUGCGUGGCAGCCACCGGUCAGCGACGGCGGUUCACCGAUCACUGGUUACGUGGUGGAGGUGAAGGACAAGUAUGGCGAGUGGGAACGCAAGAUGAGCGUACCGGCGGAAGCUACAUCCGCGAACGUGCCUGAUCUGCUUGAGGGACAAAAGUACGAAUUCCGCGUACGUGCCGUCAACGAUGCCGGUCCGAGCGAUCCGAGCAAUGCCACUCCUCCGAUUAUUUGCAAACCUCGCAACCAACCACCCAAGAUCGAUCGUACCAAUCUGGUUGAAGUUCGUAUCAAGGCUGGCAACAACGUGGUUUACGAUGUGAAGGUUUCCGGUGAGCCGGUGCCAACCACGCGUUGGUCUAUCAGCAAGCGUGAAAUUAAGCCAACCGAUCGGUACAAGCUGCAGAACUACGAUUACAGCACGAAGCUGACCAUUCGUUCGGCAACGCGUGAAGAAAGCGGAACCUACCAGCUGGAUGCAGAGAACGAAAAUGGCAAGGAUACGGCCACCGUGCAGGUAACGGUGCUGGAUGUGCCGAGCCCACCGGGAGGCCCGCUAAAGGUGGUGGAAAUUACUGCCAACACUGCCGUUCUGGAAUGGCGUCCACCAUCGGAUGACGGCGGUUUGCCGAUCGAUAACUACAUCAUUGAGAAGCUGGACGAGGUCAAGGGCACGUGGGUGUAUGCGGGCGACUCGGGCAGUCCGAGGUGUAAGGCCGAGAUCGAUGGCCUUAUCGAGGGCCACACGUACAAGUUCCGUGUGCGUGCCGCCAACAAGAUGGGCAAGUCGGAGCCACUGAGCAUGUCCAACUCGGUGCUGGCCAAGAAUCCUUACCGCGCGCCGGACCGCCCGGAACAGGUCGCCAUCAAGGACUACGACAAGGAUUAUGUCGAGCUUGAGUGGAAGGCACCGGAGAACGAUGGCGGAUCGCCGAUCACCGGCUACGUCGUUGAGAAGCUGGGCAAGUACUCGAGCGACUGGGAGAAGGCAGCGGAGGUGCCGGAUGGUGACGUCACCAGUGUUAAGGUGCCGGAUUUGAUUGAAGGAACGGCCUACCAGUUCCGCGUCCGUGCCAUCAACCGCGCUGGCGAGGGUGAUCCGAGCAGACCGACGGAGUCACACAUUGCCCGUAGCAAGAACCAGCCACCGAAGAUCGAUCGUAACUAUCUGUCGAACGUCAAGAUUCGGGCGGGACUUACGUUUGAGUUCGAUGUGCCGGUUAGCGGUGAACCAGUUCCAGCAAAGGAAUGGUCGCACAAGGACAAUAUGAUCAUCAACACCGACCGUAUUAAGGUGGUGUACGAGAACUACAGGACCAAGCUGCGCGUGAUCGAUGUCAAGCGCUCGGACAGCGGCGUUUACACGCUGACGGCAAAGAACAAGAACGGCAUUGACAUUGCCAACGUGAACGUCACGAUUCUUGAUGUGCCGGCACCGCCGGAGGGACCGAUCCGGCACGAGAACCUUUCGAAGACGGGCGUGACCUUGAUGUGGCGUCCGCCGAAGGAUGAUGGCGGUUCGGAGAUUCUGCACUACGUCGUUGAGAAGUUGGACACGGAUCAGCUGCGCUGGGUGCCGGUGGGAGAGACAAUCUCCACCAAGAUUCGUCCGGAUAACUUGAUCGAGGGCCACUCGUACCAGUUCCGCGUACGGGCCGUCAACAAGCAGGGUGAAUCUACCCCAUUGGUGACAUCGCAACCGAUUACGGCAAAGGACCCGUACAACAAGCCGGACAAACCGGGCAAACCAUUGGUGGUCGACUGGAGCGACGAUCAUGUCGAUCUGGAAUGGACCAUACCGAAGAAGGAUGGAGGGGCACCAAUUACCAGUUACAUCGUGGAGAAACGGCCACGUUAUGGCGAUUGGAAGUUUGCCGGUGAGUUCACCGAACUGUACAAACCGUCUGCCAAGAUCAAGGAGUUGACGAAGGAUGAGGAGUACGAGUUCCGCGUAUGUGCCGUCAACAAGGCAGGCGUGAGUGACCCGAGCGAACCGUCCGAUCCAGUGGUGUGCAAGUCGCGCUUCGUCCCGCCACACUUCAACAAGAAUGCGCUGAAGGAUCUUGUUGUGCCGGUGGGUAAGAAGAUCGCCUACAACAUCUCGGUCGAAGCUUCCCCACAAGUUACGGCCGUGUGGAAACGUAAUGGCGCUGUUAUUCCCGAAUCGCAGCGCGUCAUUCGUGAAGUGUACAACAACGAGGUGUCGCUUGAGAUUCCAUUCUCGGUUCGUGACGAUACCGGCAUGUACACGCUGAUUGUCAAGAAUGAGUGUGGAGAGUUCUCGGCGUCGGCGAACGUGACUGUGCUGGACAAACCGGCACCACCGGAGGGACCGUUGCGUAUUACCAACAUCACCACGGAAGGUUGCCGUCUCGAGUGGAAGCUACCGAAGGACGAUGGUGGAAGUCCAAUCACGCACUACGUCAUCGAGAAGAUGGAUAUGUCGCGCGGUACGUGGACGAAUGCUGGCAUGAGCACCUCGUUGGUGAACGAAAUUUCGCGCUUGAUUCACAACAAGCGCUACUCGUUCCGUGUGAAGGCGGUGAACGAGAUCGGUGAGUCGGAGCCGUUGGACUGCUCUCAUCCGAUUAUCGCCAAGAACGACUACGAGGAACCGUCGCAGCCACCGAAGCCGGAGGUCCGAGACUGGGAUGCCAACUCGGUCACCAUUCAGUGGAACCCACCGAAGUCGGACGGCGGUGCCACGAUCACGGAGUACAUCAUCCAGAAGAAGGAAAAGGACAGCCCGUACUGGAGCAAUGCGGGCCGUGUGCCUGGUAUCAAGCGCGAUCUGCAGAUACCGGAUUUGGCAACGGAAACGGAGUACGAGUUCCGUGUUAUCGCGGUGAACGCUGCUGGUGAAUCGGAACCAUCCGACCCAACCGAUGCGGUGCUGACACGGUCGCGCUUCAUCGCACCAAAGAUCGUGACACCAAUGCGCGAUAUGGUGGUGAAGGCUGGAUUGAUCUUCCAUCUGGACAUCAACUUUACGGGCGAGCCAGUACCGGAGGUUGAAUGGACGUUGAACGGAAAGCCGGUGAAGACCGACACCCGUACGACGAUGACGGCACUUGGACAUCAUACGAUCGUGCACACCGUGAACUGUAACCGUGGAGACUCGGGAACGUACAAGCUGGUCAUCACCAACUCCAGUGGUUCGGACGAGGGAAGCUUCAACUUGACCGUGCUGGAUCGUCCAGAUCCACCACAGGGCCCAAUGGUAUACGAAGAGAUUACGGAGAAGAGCGUAACGAUUUCUUGGAAGCCGCCGCUAGACAACGGUGGUUCGGAGCUCACUGGAUAUGUGGUGGAAAAGAAGGACUUGACGCACGGUGGUGGCUGGGUGCCAGCUGUCGCUUACGUUAGCCCGAAGUACACUCACACCGUGGUGCCCCGUUUGAACAAGGGCAACAAGUACGAGUUCCGCGUUAUGGCCGAAAACUUGCAGGGUCGCUCGGAUGGUCUCAUGAGCGCACAUCCGGUGGUGGCCAAGGAUCAGUUUGUCGUACCUGGACCACCGACGAAGCCGGACAUUAUCGAUAGCGGAUACGAUCAGAUUACGCUCAGCUGGAAACCACCGAUCAGCGAUGGUGGCUCGCGUAUCUCUGGAUACAUUAUUGAACGUCGCGAUCUGGCUACUGGACGGUGGAUUCAAGCGAAUAAGCACCCGGUGCCAAAUAUCGAGUACACCGAUACGGGCGUCAUCAAGGGCCAUCAGUACGAGUACCGUGUGUCGGCGGUUAACCAAGCCGGACAGGGCAACCCGAGCGAUUCGUCCGUCAAGUGCUGGGCACGACCGAUGCAGCAGGCUCCCGCCCUCAACAUGGACAGCUUCAGCAAGCGUACUAUUAAGGUGCGUGCUGGUGAGCCAAUUGUUAUCACUAUUCCGCUGGUUGGCGCACCGCUGCCAGCGGUGGAAUGGUCACGUGGUGGCAACAAGAUACCGGAGACAUCGCGUGUUUCGAUCGAUACCAACAUGGAGCAGACGGUAUUCCGUGUCGACAACAGUAACCGCAAUGACUCGGGUACGUACAAGAUAAAGGCAUCGAACCAGUACGGUGAAGAUGUCAAGGAGUUCGAAGUUAUCGUCGUCGACCGUCCGCAGCCACCGAAGUAUGUGUCCGGUCUGGAGACAACGCAGGACAGUGUUACGCUCAACUGGGACCCACCGUCAGACGAUGGUGGCUCGGAAAUUACCGGAUACAGCAUCGAGUACAAGGAGUUCCCGUCGGACAACUGGAAAAUGGUGUUCGGCACUGUGCCGCGUUGUUCGCAUACUAUCAAGCAUUUGACGGAGAACCACGAGUAUGUGUUCCGCGUGCGGGCUGAGAACAUCUACGGCGCCUCGGAACCCACCGAGAGCAAACCAAUCUCGCCAAAGAGUCCCGACCCGCCAGAGGCGGUUGACAAACCGACCGUCACGGACUACACGCCCAGCUCGUGCACGAUUGCCUGGAAGCCGCCACGCGUACAGACGCGCCCGGUGGUUGGAUACUUUGUUGAGAAGCGUGAACGUGGUACUGGUGAAUGGGUGCAGGUCAACAACUACCCGACGACCAACACUACCUACACGAUACCUGACCUUAUGGAAGGCUUCCGGUACGAGUUCCGCGUCAAGACGGUCAACGAGGUCGGUGUUAGCAAGCCCAGCGAACCGACUGAUCCGAUCACUGCUUCGCACCAACGCAAGCGUCCGAACCAACCGGAUCCACCAUCGAUCGACAAGAUCACGCGCAACAGCGUUAACCUGUCCUGGCGCACGCUGCGUCGUGAUGCGAAGGAGAGGAUCAAGGGCUACAUUGUGCAGUACCGCGUCAAGGACGACGAGAAGUGGGUGGAUGCGAACUCUCCAGCCGAUCUUAUUGCCGAUCAGGCAUACCGUGUGGAGAACCUGGACGAAGGUAAGGAGUAUCAGUUCCGGCUUAUCGCCGUUAAUGAGAUCGGUAUGUCCGAUCCUUCGCGGCCAAGCAUUUCCGUGACGCUUGCCGAGCAGCCGAACAAACCGAUGAUGGAUCUGAGCAACGUGCGUGACAUUACCGUACGUGCUGGUGAAGAUUUCAACAUCCACGUACCGUACACCGCGUUCCCGAAACCGGUAGCUACGUGGUUCGUCAACGAAGAGCUGCUUGAUGACAGAGAUAAGCGUUUCCACACUCAGCUGACCGAUGAAGCCGCCAGCAUCGUGGUGGUCAAGAGUGUCCGUGCCGACACGAAGCAGUACCGACUGAUGUUGAAGAAUCCUUCCGGUUACGACAUUGCUACCUGCAAUGUGAAGGUGUUGGAUCGUCCCAGCAAGCCAGAAAACAUUGGCGUCGAAUCGUACGGUGGCGAGCAUUUGGUACUGUGCUGGAAUGCCCCGUUGGACGAUGGUGGCUCACCAGUCACGAACUAUGUGGUGGAGAAGAAGGACAAGAACUCCAACGCCUGGACGAAGGUCAGCAGCUACUGUACGACUACUUACCUGAAGAUACGCAACCUGCGUCUGAACCAGCUGUACGAUUUCCGCGUGUACGCCGAGAACAAGUACGGCCUGUCGGAACCGGCACAAGCCGAUUCGAUUGUUGCCAAACAUCCGUUCGAUCCACCAUCGCAGCCAGGAACACCGAGCCGUGUCGAAACGACGGAAGAUACGAUUACCAUCACGUGGACGAAGCCUGCCAGCAAUGGUGGCUCCCCAGUUACACACUACAUCGUGGAGAAGAAGCUGGCUACCGAGGGACACUGGUCGAAGGUGCAGCAGGGCACGCUGAAGGAUCUGAUGUGCAAGAUUACUGGACUGUCGGAGAAUCACGAGUACGUGUUCCGCGUUGCUGCGGUGAAUGCGGCCGGCACCAGUCCGUACAGCAACCCGUCCGACCCGAUCAUGGUCAGUGCUGCGUUUACGGCACCGAAGAUCACUUCCGACAUUGGUAUGCGCGAUAUUCUGGUGAUUGCGCGCGAUCCUUUCAAGAUUAUUGUGCCGUACACUGCCACACCGAAGCCGGACGCCAUCUGGAUGGUCAAUGGCAACGAGGUAUCGCGUAACGAUCGCAUCGAAUUGCCGAUCAACGACACAGAAGCUAUCUUCAAGAACGAUAACUCGAAGCGUAUCGACUCUGGCAGCUACACCAUUCAUCUGGUGAACUGUGUCGGCAAGGAUACUGCAUCCUGCCGCGUGCUGGUGGUUGACAAACCAUCGCCACCGAUCGGACCGCUGGAGGUAUCGGAAAUUACGCCCGAAUCGUGCACACUAUCCUGGAAGACGCCGCUGGACGAUGGUGGCAGUCCGAUUACUAACUAUAUUGUGGAACGUUUCGAACCGCUUGGAUACUGGACGAAGGCUAGCAGCUUUGUGCGCAGCACUCACUACGAUAACAUGGGCAUGGAGGCGAACAAACCCUACAACUUCCGUGUGCGUGCCGAGAAUCAGUACGGUGUGAGUGAUCCAUUGAUUUUGGAAGAACCAAUCAUCGCUCGCUAUCCAUUCACCGUGCCGGAUCCACCGAAUCCGCCACGUGUCUCGGACUGGGAUGCAAACUACGUCACGGUCACGUGGGAGCGCCCGCUCAUGGAUGGUGGUUCUCGCAUUCAGGGUUACCGAUUCGAGUACCGUGAUGUGCUGGACAGCACCUGGAUCACGAACAACUUCCUCAUCAAGGAUAACAGCUACCAGGUGUACAAUCUGCUGCCGGGACGCGAGUACGAGUUUCGCGUACGCGCCCAGAAUGCGGCUGGUGUGAGCAAACCAUCGGCGUCGUCGAAGAAGUUCAAGAUCCAUGGCAAGAUUACACCACCAUCCGCGCCGGGCGCACCGGCUGUUGUAAAGGUGGGCAAGAGCUUCGUCGAUCUCAGCUGGACUCCGCCGGCCAGCGACGGUGGUUCGAGGAUUCUGGGUUACUACGUGGAACGUCGCGAUAUCGGUGGCGCACGCUGGGUGAAGUGCAACGAGAACAACAUCCCAGUUACGGAGCUCACCGUGACCAAUCUGAUCGAGGGUGGAGUGUACGAGUUCCGCGUGUACGCCGUCAACAACUACGGCGUAUCGCCACCGUCGCCCGAAACCCGUUCGGUACGCAUUGGCGAACAGCUGGAUACGGAAAAACCGGAAUGGGUCAAGAGGUUGAAGUUCAACCUUGUGCCGCUGGGUAAAUCGGUGGAAUUGUCUUGCGAAGCGCACGGCAAGCCCGAACCGACAUGCCGCUGGUUGCGAAAUGGAAAGGAGAUCACGCACGGUGGACAAUAUGCGCUGGAGAGUAAGAACGGUGUGUUCUCGCUGCAUAUUUCUAACGUAACGUACCGCGAUGAGGGAGACUACACUUGCGAGGCGUUGAACUUUGUCGGUGUGAUCCACACGACCGGUGCGCUGAAGAUUGGUGUACCGCCCAAGCUGGUCAACAUUCCGUCGGAUGUAUAUCUGGUGAAGGGUGAUAAUGCAAAGAUCAAGCUGUGCUUCCACGGCGAUCAGCCAAUGGAGGUGAACAUCUCGAAGGACCGCGAGAAGCUGAUCGAAACCGAGCAUAUUAAAUACACCGUGUUUGAUGACUAUGCCGUCAUCUACAUUCGCGAUGUACUGGAUACUGAUAAGGGUGUAUAUCUGGUGAACUUCAAGAACGACAGUGGCAGCGUAUCGUGCAACGUAAACGUCCACGUUACUGGUCUACCUGGACCACCAACGGGUCCACUGCUGGUGAGCCACGUCACCAAGAACAUGUGCACGGUAUCGUGGAAACCGCCGGCGUACGAUGGAGGGCGCAAGGUUACGCACUACAUUGUGGAGCGCCGUGACAUUAAGUCGCAGCACUGGCUAAUCGUGUCGAACUACGUGAAGGAGUCGCAGCUCAUCAUCAAGGGACUGAUCGAAGGCUCGGAGUAUCUGUUCCGCGUGUCUGCCGUCAAUGAGAAUGGUAUUGGACCAGCCCUGGAAGGUGUCGAUCCGAUCAAGGCUCGCGGCCCGUACGACUUGCCAUCGGCACCGGGCGUCCCGAUCAUCCACGAGGUUGGAGGAGAUUUCGUCAACCUCGAAUGGGAGAAACCGGUGUCGGACGGUGGAGCGCGCAUCCAGGGUUACUGGAUCGAGAAGCGCGAACAGGACACGGACACAUGGCAGCGCGUCAAUACAACGCUGUGCGUCAUCUGCACCAUUAACUGUGCAAAUCUGGUCGAGGGCCGCCAUUACGAGUUCCGCGUAGCGGCACAGAACGAGAUCGGCGUGUCGGAGUUCUCGAAGGCAUCGCAGCUAGUGAAGGUGGUUGAUCCGGAUGUCGUGAAACCGCCGGAGGUUGUGAAGCCGCUCAACACGCUGACCUGCGUCCAGAACCGUGGCGUCGAGUUUGUCUGCAAGAUUACCGGUGUACCACGGCCGAGGAUCACCUGGCACAAGGGUGCACGCGAGAUCUGCUCCGGAUCGCGAUAUCACAUGUACAGCGAUGGUGAUACGCAUCAUCUGGCCAUUAAUGACGUGUUUGGCGAGGAUGCGGAUGAGUACACAUGUCGUGCGGCUAACCGUGGCGGUGUACGAUCGACAAAGGCAUCGCUGAUCAUCAAAUCGCCACCGAAGCUGAACGUUCCGCCACGCUUCCGCGAUACCGCCUUCUUCGACAAUGGUGAAAACAUUGAGAUUAAGAUUCCGUUCACUGGAUUCCCGAAACCGCGUUGCCACUGGACUUUGAAGGGUGAACAGAUUGAGUCGGGUAGCCACUACCACAUUGAGACGCGUGAGCGCCACACGGUGCUGACGAUCCGCGAUGGUUCGCAACUUGAUUCCGGUACCUACACGAUCACGAUUGAGAAUGAGCUGGGACAGGAUACGGCUGAUAUCAAGAUUCAGAUUAGCGACCGUCCCGAUAAGCCACGCAACCUCACCAUUGAUCAGAUUGGUCUGGAUCAUGUAACGCUCAGCUGGUUGCCUCCAUCAUGGGAUGGCGGUGCAAGCAUCACCAACUACAUUGUGGAAAAGCGCGAGGUUCCACUGUCCACCUGGAUUCGUGCCGGUACGACGCGCUUCAAUCAGCUCAUCAUUCCGCAUCUGUCACCUGGCCACCAGUACGAGUUCCGCGUGUUUGCUGAGAAUGUGUACGGCCGUUCGGAACCAUCCGAUCAGACGGAGUUGAUCAGCCUGAAGGAUCUGGGCAUCAAGCCGGCCAAGCGCGUCAAGUACGAGCUGGAUGAGAACGGCAAGCCGAAGCGUCAGGGCAAGAAGGAAGCCAUCUCGGACUAUGAUGACUACGUGUUCGAUGUGUACUCUAAGUACCAUCCGAAACCGGUCGAAAUUUCCAACAAGAGCGUGUACGACCAGUACGAGAUCUUGGAAGAGAUAGGCACGGGUGCGUUCGGUGUGGUACACCGAUGCCGUGAGCGUAAGACGGGCAACGUGUUUGCCGCGAAAUUCAUUCCGGUGUCGACGAAUGCCGAACGUGAGUUGAUUCGCCGUGAAAUCGACAUCAUGAACCAGCUGCAUCACCGUAAGCUGAUCUAUCUGCACGACGCGUUCGAAGACGAGGAUGAGAUGGUACUGAUCUACGAGUUCCUGUCGGGCGGUGAGCUGUUCGAGCGUAUCACCACCGAGGGCUACCGUAUGUGCGAGCAGGAAAUCAUCGAGUACAUGAAGCAGAUCUGUGAAGCCGUGAAGUACAUGCACGAGAGGAACAUCAUCCAUCUGGACAUAAAGCCGGAGAACGUGAUGUGCCAGACGCGCAACACCAACCAGGUGAAACUGAUCGACUUUGGUCUGGCGACGAAGCUGAACCCGAACGAGAUGGUGAAGAUCUCAACGGGUACGGCCGAGUUUGCGGCACCGGAAAUUGUAGAGCGCGAACCGGUCGGCUUCUAUACCGACAUGUGGGCGGUCGGUGUGUUGGCGUACGUGCUGGUGAGCGGCCUUUCGCCGUUCGCUGGUGAGACGGACAUCGAUACGCUGAAGAACAUCAAGCAAGGCACCUGGGAGUUCGACGAAGUUGCCUUCCGCGACGUGUCGGAAGAAUGCAAGGACUUUAUCCGUCGCCUGUUGAUCAAGAAUACGGAGAAGCGUAUGACGGCGCACGAGUGCUUGAUGCAUGUGUGGUUGAGCGACACCUACAACAGCUCGACCUCGGUCAUUUCGAUCGAGCGCUACAAGCAGAUUCGCGAUCUGAUCCGCAGAAAGUACGAGAACUGGGCCUCGUUUGUGCUACCGCUGGGUCGCCUCUCGGAGUACUCGGCCCUGCGCAAGCUGCUGAUCCAGAAGUACAAGAUCCACGAAACAUCGGUCGACCGACGCCAGGCGGCUCCACGCUUCGUCAUCCGUCCACAGUCGGCGUUCUGCUACGAAGGCCAGAGCUGCAAGUUCUACUGCCGCGUUAUCGGUGUAGCUACACCGGUGCUCACCUGGUACCACAACAACCAGGAGUUGAAGCAGUCGGUGAAGUUCAUGAAGCGUUAUGCUGGUGACGAUUACUACUUCAUCAUCAAUCGCGUCAAGCUGGACGAUCGUGGCGAGUACAUUAUCCGCGCCGAGAACCAUUACGGUGCGCGC